CGAAGCUUCAGUGUUUACGAUCACAAAUCAAACCUACCUAUAUUCAUAAUUUUCUGAUAUUGUUAAUUGAUUCACCCACGUUAUUGUCCUUAUAAUAGCAAGUCCCCGGACUUCCGGUUUCUUCAGUUUCUCAGUAGCUAGCGGCAGCCAUGAGCAUGCUCAGGCUCCAGAAGCGCUUGGCGUCCAGCGUCUUGCGUUGUGGCAAAGGGAAGGUUUGGCUAGACCCCAACGAGACCAAUGAGAUUGCGAACGCAAACUCUCGCCAGCAGAUCAGAAAACUGGUGAAGGAUGGCUUGAUCAUCAGGAAACCUGUGACGGUCCAUUCCCGUGCUCGCUGCCGCAAGAACACGCUGGCACGCCGCAAGGGACGUCACACUGGUUAUGGUAAGAGAAAGGGUACAGCCAAUGCUCGUAUGCCAGAAAAGCUGUCCUGGAUGAGGCGCAUGAGAAUCCUGCGUCGUCUUCUUCGUCGCUACAGGGAGUCCAAGAAGAUUGACAGGCACAUGUACCACAGUCUCUACCUGAGGGCCAAGGGUAAUGUCUUCAAAAACAAGCGCAUCCUGAUGGAGCACAUCCACAAGCUGAAGGCCGAUAAGGCUCGCAAGAAGCUUCUCUCUGACCAGGCUGAGGCUCGCCGCUCAAAGACAAAGGAGGCCCGCAAACGCCGAGAGGAGCGUAUCCUGGCCAAGAAAGAAGAGAUGCUCAAGACCUUGGCAGAGGAGGAAGAAGCAACAAAGAAGUGAAUCUAAAUGGAUUUUUCUUUCGGUCUCAGAUUCCCUGUUUUGUUGGUUAAUAAAUUUGGACAAAUGUA